AUGGGGAGGCCCUGGGCAUGGGCAGUGCUGGUGCUCUCUGUGGUGCUGGUGGGGCUCUCAGCUCCAUGUGUGGCACACAGGCAGCCCAACUUCAUUGUCAUCCUGGCAGACGAUGUGGGCUGGGGAGAUCUGGGGGCCAACUGGGCAGAGACGAAGGAGACCCCACAUUUGGAUGAGUUGGCUGCUGAAGGGACAAGGUUUGUGGACUUCCACUCAGCUGCAUCCACUUGCUCCCCAUCCCGUGCCUCUCUGCUGACAGGGCGUCUCGGGGCACGCAAUGGGGUCACCCACAACUUUGCUGUCACCUCACUUGGUGGCCUGCCCCUCAAUGAGACCACCCUGGCUGAGGUCCUGCAGCAGGCUGGGUACAGCACAGGGGCUAUAGGCAAGUGGCACCUGGGACACCAUGGCCGCCAUCACCCCAGCUUCCGUGGCUUUGAUUACUUCUUUGGGAUCCCCUACAGCCAUGACAUGGGCUGCACGGACACCCCUGGCUACAACCUGCCUCCCUGCCCGCCCUGCCCACAGCAUGGCACGGCUGCCAGGGUGGCAAGGAAGGACUGCUACCCAGAGGUGGCCCUUCCUCUCUUUGAGAACAUCACCAUCAUCCAGCAGCCUGCCAACCUCAGCAGCCUGGCAGCGCGCUAUGCCCAGGAGGCAGCGGGCUUCAUCCAGCGGGCCAGUGACAGUGGCCGCCCCUUCUUCCUCUACCUGGCACUGGCCCACAUGCACGUCCCACUGGAGGUCCCCUCGCUGCCACCAUCUGCCUCGGGCAUCUAUGGAGCCGCCCUGAGCGAGAUGGACUCCUUGGUAGGAUGGAUAAAGCAGGUGGCUGACAGCCAGGGCAAGGGCAGCACCCUGCUGUGGUUCACAGGUGACAAUGGCCCCUGGGCACAGAAGUGUGAGUUGGCUGGACGUGUGGGGCCGUUUGUGGGGGCCUGGCAGAGGCAGCGAGGUGGCAGCUCUGCAAAGCAAACCACCUGGGAAGGAGGGCACCGGGUGCCAGCAGUGGUGUACUGGCCUGGGCGCAUCCCUGCCAACAGGACAAGCAGUGCUCUGCUCAGCACCCUGGACAUCUUCCCCACACUGGUGGCCCUGGCUGGGGCAUCCCUUCCCCUGAACAGACGCUUUGAUGGCUUGGACGUGUCCCCAGCUCUCUUUGGCUGGUCAGAUGUGGGGCACAAGGUUCUGCUCCACCCCAACAGUGGGGCAGCUGGGAAGUAUGGUGAGAUAGAGACACUACGGCUGGCUCAGUACAAGGCUUUUUACACCACAGGAGGAGCAAUGGCUUGUGAUGGGAGCACUGGGCCAGCUGAGCAUCACCAGCCACCCCUCAUCUUCAAUCUGGAGCGUGACAUCCAGGAGCAGGAGCCUUUGGAUGUGGCAUCCAGAGAGUAUCAGGCAGUGCUCCCUGCAAUCAGCAGGGCUUAUGCCCAAGCUCUGGAGGACAUCAUGACAGACAACAUCACAGCUGCAGAUUACUCCAAAGACCCAGCUGUGACCCCUUGCUGCAGCACACAGCAUGUGGCCUGCAGGUGCCAAGUGCCAAGGUCUGGCCCAGCCAUGCUGGAGCAUCGACAGGAACGAAGAGCAAGGUGGCUUUGUCUCUGA